AAAUAAUCGUCUAUUAGAAUAAAACAAACUUUUUUUUUUUUACUAGGACACGAGGAAGUCUUGUUAUAAUCCUGCCUUUUGAGAAACGAAACGAAACGAAAACCAAUAGGAACGACAUUACGGGUAAGCGAGUCCCAACAUCGUCUGCAUAAGGAUGAAGCUGCGUUGGCUGGUGGAUUUAGAGGUUCAUUGUGACUUGUGUGUUUGAAGAGGCGGUAGGUCGCGUCUUCCUUCUCCGUCGAGGCUCGGUCGCAGAGAAGUUGGGAAGUCGUUGCAUUACGGUCGUUGCGACUGGGUGUUCCGGGUGUGGGAGCCGCGUUUUGCUUGUGAAGGAAAAGGAAGAAGUUGAGUGGAAGUGUCGGGAUAUUUAGUGGAAGAGUUGGUUUCCUCGUGCUGGGUAAAUAUUGGGAGUCGUGAGUGUACAGUUUAUGCUGGUGUUGUGAAGUGAAUGAGAAAGGGUGGAGUAAAACUGGGAACCUUUGAAUAACACGAAAGAAAACGGAGAACACAGUACCUGCGCUGCGUUACGAACUGCCAUCAACCACCAUAUUUCAGUAUAUUCUUGCGUCAUCAAAUAUUGGAGAGGAGCCAUGCCGGUUCAGACAACGACAGCAGAAGUAUCUGACGGAAAUGCAGAUGCUCUGAUCAGACCAACACAAGACUCCGUUGCCUUCAAAGCAGUGUCAAAUGGAGAUGGCGAAAUUUCUCAGAUGUUACCCGAGGGACAACCUCAGGUCCUCGAAACAGCCGCCGAAAGACGAGCCAGGCGCCAUUCUCACUGGAUUGUCUACAUCACCACAUUCGUCAUGUCCAUCGGGUUUUCCAUCGUGCUAACCGGAGUGUGGCCGUAUCUACAACAGCUGGACACGGGCGUUUCCAAAGAGUUUUUAGGUUGGGUCAUUGCAGCAAACCCACUCGGCCAGAUGAUUGCGUCACCUCUCCUGGGACUCUGGGGCAACAAAGCAGGAUCCAACAGGGGAGCUUUUCUGGCAACCAUCCUGCUCUUCAUCGUUGGAAAUAUCCUUUACGCCGUUCUUAGUGUGUUUGGUUCAGCGGCUCGAGGUAUCAUGAUCUUCUCUCGGUUCCUUGUGGGUGUGAGUUCAGCGAACAUAGCCAUCAUCAGGUCAUACAUAGCUUCAUCUACAACUUUGAAGGAGAGAACGACAGCUGUUGCACUGACAUCAGCUGCACAGGGACUCGGUUUUAUCAUUGGCCCAGCCAUUCAGGCAGCACUAGCAGUGGCUAUCUCACAUGAGAAAGACAGUGAGAAUAAGACGUCAUUGGCGUCUGAGAUGCUGGAAGAUGAGAUGGAAGAUGUCGGGCUUGGCAUAGAGUGGAACAUGUAUACAGCCACAGGUUGGUUUGCGACCGUCCUCGGGGCGUUGAACUUCUUCCUCUUUAUGCCGUGCAUCUUCAAAGAAUACCCCAUAGCGGCCAAAGAAGCUCAGCUUAGAAGAUAUACUGCCAAGGAAGAUCAGAAGUUGCCAAAGCCUGAUUAUCCAGCCCUGCUCGGUGUACUCGUUUCUUUCUUCAUCAUUCUCUUCAUAUAUGUAUUGCUUGAAACAUUAUUAGUGCCUAUGUGUAUCGACCUUUAUGCCUGGUCUGAUGAAAAAGCUGUAACAGUUGUAGGAGUUGGUUUAAGUAUAGCUGGAGCGAUUUCAAUUGUAAUGUUUACCUUAACAAGUGUCUUGACUAGGAGGUUUGAUGAACGCAAAGUUUUUAUAUUCCUUGGAUUAGUUCCACUAACUGUAUCUAUGCUCAUUCACUUUCCAAUGGGAAAUACAUAUCCAAAAAUGCAGAACUGUACCUCAUAUGAUAUUGCACAUGUAUUUGAUGACUCUGCAGUAGUACCUGAAUUUCAAAUGAAUUUUACUGAACCUAGUAAUACAUUAUCUAGACACAGGCGUCAUGCUGUAAGGGACGACACUUGCACUGAUCUUGGCUGCCCUCAAGAGCAGGAAUGGUGCCUUUACACACCAAUUAUUGAAAGGCCUCAGAUGGCUGUAGCAGAUGUAGCUGCUGUUAUCGGGUAUCCAGUUGCAUUUACGCUCUCUAGUUCCUUCUUCUCAAAAAUUUUAGGUCCAAAGCCACAAGGUGUAUGGAUGGGUAUUCUGACAAGUACUGGAAGUUUGAGUCGUGUCACUGGUCCAGUUUUUGUGUCUUACAUGUACACUGCUUUAGGUACGAGGUGGACAUUUGGUAUCCUUUUUGUCGUAAUGUCUCUUACCCUAGUUAUUAUAUCUUUGUUGUUCAAAAGACUUGUUCCUAUGAAGUGGGUAGCAACUUAAUCUGUUGAUAAAUGGCGCUCUUUGCCAUCUUAUCUGUUUUAGAGAUCUGUUGUUUGUUAUGUGAUUAAUUAUAGUUUUUAUUUAGUGCUUAAUUUUCAGAAAUCAAUGACAAAAAGUAACAUAUUGUAAUAAUUAGUGAAGUUGAUGAAUUUACCCUUUUCAUUAUCAUAUUUCAUAUUUUAUCAUUAAACAAUUCCCUUAUUUUCAUACAAUGGUUGUGCUAAAUUGUUUAAUAACAUAAAUG